UAGGAUUGUUGUAAAUAAUACUAAUAUAUUAUAAUAUAUUUAUACUUAUUGUUAAUCAUUAUUAUUAGAUCAAUUAUCAUUUAUUAUCAUUAAGGUAUGGCAGCCUUUACUGAGCUAGGGCUUGUAAACUCCACAACUUCCCCCAUCCAUUGAUCAUCAGCAUCAUCAUUGGGCAUCCACUUGCUUCAACCAGAGAUGGAGACCGUUGGGGACUUCGAGUACACCCGAAAAGACCUCAUAGGACACGGAGCCUUCGCUGUCGUCUUCAAAGGGAGACAUAAAAAGAAGACAGACUGGGAAGUUGCCAUCAAGAGCAUCAACAAGAAGAAUCUCUCCAAGUCUCAGAUUCUGCUUGGAAAGGAAAUAAAAAUUUUGAAGGAACUGCAGCAUGAGAACAUUGUGGCACUCUAUGAUGUCCAGGAAACUCCUAAUUUUGUGUUCCUAGUAAUGGAGUUCUGCAAUGGAGGAGAUCUGGCUGACUAUUUACAAGGUAAGGGCACUUUGCGGGAGGACACCCUGCGGGUCUUUCUGCAGCAGAUAGCAGCAGCCAUGCGAGUCCUUAACAGCAAGGGCAUCAUCCACCGGGACCUCAAACCCCAGAACAUCCUUCUGUCCUACACUGGCCGCAAGAAAUCCAACAUCAACGGCAUCCGGAUUAAAAUAGCUGACUUUGGCUUUGCGCGAUAUCUACAAAGCAACAUGAUGGCUGCCACGCUCUGCGGCUCGCCCAUGUACAUGGCCCCUGAAGUAAUAAUGUCCCAGAACUACGAUGCCAAGGCUGACCUGUGGAGCAUCGGGACUGUUAUUUACCAGUGUCUCGUGGGGAAGCCACCCUUUCAGGCAAACAGUCCACAAGACCUGAGGAUGUUCUACGAGAAGAACAAGACCCUGAUGCCAAGUAUCCCCAGAGAAACGUCUCCUCCUCUGGCAGAUCUGCUGCUGGGCUUGCUGCAGCGCAAUCAGAAGGACAGAAUUGAUUUCGACACAUUCUUCAGCCAUCCCUUCCUGGAGCAACCCCCCAGCAUUAAAAAAUCCUGUCCUGUGCCAGUGCCCGCAUGCCCCGGCUCGGUCUCGGACAGCACCUGUGGUAGCUCGCCGUCCUGCCGCUUCGUCUCUCCUCCGUCGUUGCCCGAUAUGCAGACUUUGCCCGAAGACGUGCUCUCCUCGCCCCCUCUCGGCCCUCCCAACUACCUGCAGCUGUCUAAAGAGUCCGGCGGAAGCACCAGCAGCAAGAACUCCUCGUGCGACACGGAUGAUUUCGUGCUGGUGCCGCACCUAUCGGGGGAACAGUCCUAUGACCUGCCGAUGGGGGCCACCGGGCGCAGAUUGUCCAGCGAGUUUCUGCUGUGUGGAGGGCAUCCGCAGCCCUCGUUGAGCCAGAUGGUUUCCCCCAGGGCCGAGACGACGCCGAUCCCGGUGCCCACUCAAGUACGCAACUACCAGAGGAUCAAGCAGAACCUCUCCAGCAGCCCGAGCAACACGCUCUACGGCUCUCCAAGGUCAGGAACAGUACGGCGCUCCAAUACCAGCCCGAUGGGCUUUCCUAAAGCCACCUCUGGUUCCCCCAGCACUGCUGAUGCUGCCCAGACAGUGGGUCGAAGACUGUCCACUGGCAGCUCCCGUCCCUACUCCCCUUCUCCGCUUGUGGGCACCAUUCCUGAACAGCUGGGUCACUGUUGUUGUGGGCAUCCUCACAGCCACGAGGCACGGAGCCGCAGCUCCUCUGGUGGUUCACCUGUGCCCUCAUCCCAGUUACUGGGUGCCCGUCUCCAGAGCGCGCCCACCCUAACAGACGUCCACCAGAACAAACAGAAGCUGCAAAAGCAGCUCUCCGAUCCCGUACAGCUCACAGUCUUAGCCUAUCCCCCGACCCACUCGCCACAGCUGGGCCGCCCAGGCAACCUGGGCACUUCCCCAACCAAGCACCUGGGCUCCUCCCCUCGCACCUCUGAUUGGCUUCAGAAGUCCCCCCUGCCCACCAUUAUCGGCUCCCCCACUAAAUCAACUGCGCCGUUUAAAAUUCCCAAAACACAGGCUUCAUGCAACCUGAUGGCGCUGGCCUCUCAACAGGGCAUAGCAGACAGCCCCAAUUCCAAGAUGUCCACAGACACCAGAGAGAUAUGGUCGCCAUACCCUAGCAGUCGCUUCCCAGCUCCUGAAACCUGCAGAACCACCUUUGGCAGAUCUGUCAGCACAGGACGUUUGUCAGAGCACCCGGUCAGAAUCACUCUGGGAGGGCAGCCGUACCAGGGCAGCACGGACAGCUUAAACACAGAGAGACCUAUGGACACAGCAGGGUCGUGUAAUUUGGCAGUGGGCGGGGCGAGUCCCCGUGCUGUGGUGUUCACUGUGGGUUCACCCCCCAGCAGCAGCACUCCUCCCACCUGCAGCCACCUGAGCACACGGCCUCGCACCACAUCAGUGGGCUCCAACAGUUCAGCAGGCUCGCUGUACUCCACAAGUGGAAAGGUGUGUGUGGGUUCUCCCCCUUCUCUGCCCAUGGGGAGCUCUCCCCCCGGGGCGGAGGCAGCCCCCAGCAGCCUGCGCUACGUCCCCUACGGCACCUCCCCGCCCAGCCUCGAUGGCUUCAUCACCUUCGAGGCCCCUGAGCUCCCCGAGGAGACCCUGAUGGAGAGAGAGCACACGGACACACUGAUGCACCUGCGAAUGAUGCUGUCCUUUACCGACUGUGUCCUGGAGAUGGCCGCUGUGAGGGCCGGAGGAGCCGACCUGGGCGUUUCUGCAGCCUCACUGUACCCACCUCAGGAGAGCAUCGUGGUGGAUCAGAUCAGCCAGCUGAGCAAAGAGUGGGGGCAGGUGGAGCAGCUGGUGUUGUACAUGAAGGCAGCUCAGCUACUGGCCUCAUCUCUGCACCUGGCCAAAGCUCAGAUCAAAUCAGCCAAGCUAAACCCUUCGACUGCAGUAAAACAGGUGGUGAAAAGCCUGAACGAGCGCUACAAGAGCUGCAUCCUGCUGUGCCGUCAGCUCACAGACAAACUGAACCACUUCUUCUCCGACAAGCAGCGCUUCGUGGACGAGAUAAACAGCGUGACGGCCGAGAAGCUGAUAUACAACCACGCAGUGGAGAUGGUGCAGUCAGCAGCGCUGGAUGAGAUGUUCCAGCAGACCGAGGACAUUGCUUACCGCUACAGCAAAGCUGCCAUGCUGCUGGAUGGCCUCUCGAAGAUCCUGCAGGAUCCAGCAGAUGUAGAGAACGUCACCAAGUAUAAGGCCAGCGUGGACCGGAGGAUCUCGGCAUUGUGUUACUGCACCGUAACACUGUACGAAUAACAGCUGUACAAACCACUGGCACCAGAGACCAGUGUUCCUCUCCAUUCUCCUUCCUCAAUUCUCCCAUUUUGUAGCAGCCAGAGAGAGCACUUUCCAUUUUUUCCCCAUUCAGUACAUUAAAAACUAGUAUUAUUUUUCCAUGACGGACACGUCCAAACAAUCACUACCAAAGACUGAACGCAACAAUAGAGAUUCUUCUGUCAAGACUCGCAACAAGCCGUCCUCCGAUGGGAGGUUCUCUUCGUUUUUAAACUGACAUGAAUUGUUUUUAUACUGGACUCCAUGAGACUGUUGACUUUAUUUAUUGGUUUGGACCGGCACGGAUGCACGGACGCGUUCUCCCACAUGAACUCACAGACUCGACGUCUGUAACAUCGUACCAAUGCACUUUAUCGACGCAGAUGUGAAGACGUCUUCUAGGAGGCUACGAUGGUCAGACUGAGCCGCGCGGUUUAGACCCCUGAGCGGAGAGAAUGAAGAGCUUACUAGGGUCUCUCUGCAAUCAGGGUCAUUACGGGCUGAUCGGGCAGCUGCGACGUUCACCAAUAACGGUCAAAAAUACUUGAGUCGUUACGUAACAUGCGUUUUUUUAUGUUCUUAAUAAUACAGUAGCUUUUUUAUAAACUGAUGUUUGCAUUAUGGAAGUAUUUGUACGUGCAUGUCUGAUGUCAUGGUUCGUUUUCUUGAAUGAAGCUAGUGGUAAGAGCAGUCCUGCGAUGCCCUGCCACUCGAUGGCAAUGCCAAUCCAGAAGCACAAAUUUUUUAUUUGUUGGUUGGUUUGUUUGUUUGUUUGUUUGCAUUUCUUACCUGUAAAAGAAAAGAGGUUGUAGAGGUUCGAUACUUGUCCACUACUGCCACAGGUCUUCUCACGGACUCCUACGCGGCCCUAUAGGAAGAGACCUCAGUUUUGUCUUUGCAUGGCAGCUCUGAAUUCACAACCUGUAUCUGUAAAAUACAUUCCUGUAGAGCGCAGCCUCGAUCGGAUUGGAUUGGAAUGUAAAGACGAAGCAUGCGCGGGCACUGAAGACCUAUUAAAGGAAACUGAACAACUGAAAGCACUAUUACGUCGUAUACACCGAUCAGCCAUAAUAUUAAAACCACCUCACUGUCCAUUUUAUCAGAAGCACUUUACAGUUCUACAAUUACUGACUGUAGACCAUCUGUUUCUCUACAUACCACCACAGAGCAGGUAUUAUUUGGGUGGUGGAUGAUUCUCAGCACUGCACUGACAUGGUGGUGGUGUGCUGGUAUGAGUGGAUCAGACACAGCAGCGCUGCUGGAGUUUUUAAAUACAGUGUCCACUCACUGUCCACUCUAUCAGACACUCCUUCCUAGUUGGUCCACCUUGUAGAUGUAAAGUCAGAGACGGUCGCUCAUCUAUUGCUGCUGUUUGAGUUGGUCAUCUUCUAGACCUUCAUCAGUGGUCACAGGACACUGCACACGGGCACUGUUGGCUGGAUGUUUUUGAUUGGUGGACUGUUUUCAGUCCAGCAAUGACAGUGAGGUGUUUACAAACUCCAUCAGUGCUGCUGUCUCUGACAUGGUGGUGGUGUGUUAGUGUGUGUUGUGCUGGUAUGAGUGGAUCAGUGUCCACCACCACCCAAAUAAUACCUGCUCUGUAGUGUUCCUGGGAGAAUACUGACCAUUGAUGAACAACAUGAAAGGGGGCUAACAAAGCAUGCAGAUAAACAGAUGGACUACAGUCAGUAAUUGUAGAAAUACAAAGUGCUUCUAUAUGGUAAGUGGAGCUGAUAAAAUGGACAGUGAGUGUAGAAACAAGGAGGUGGUUUUAAUGUUAUGGCUGAUAAGUGUACGUAGCCUGCUUUUAUCUGUACAUGUGUUAAUUAAUACAUGGUGUUAUAAAGCAGCACUGGCAGCGAUGAUGUCCCCAGUGAGCUACUUUACUAUACAUUUGUAAUGAUAUUUUCCCUUUAUCCACUUAUGAGUCUGAAAAUGUACAGCAAGAUGAAGACAGAAAGGUAUUCUAGCUAUUUUAUUCUAUUCUAGGAAAUGUAUAGCCAGCUGUGUAGUUUGUAGAUAGCAUUUCCUGAUCCUGGUUUUAAGCACUGUGUAUAGAGGAUGUAUAGAGGACGCUCUGUUAGAAAGGAAGAGUUAAGGUCGGUCGUACCUGUGGAAUUUAAAUAAAAAUAACGACCCCUCAUGCUCUGACUUGUAUCAUACAGCCCCGGCAAAUGAACCUCAAUCUUCUUUUUCACUGACAGAAUAUUGUACAUGAUGGAUUUAAAAAUCCACGUUGGUUUAUUAAACAGGUUUAUUUGA